UCUGUAUUCUUCAAUGGUCAAUUCCCACUUUUAAUAGUUCUCAGUUGUGAUUUGAGAUCAUGAAAUACGAUAAACUGUUAUAUACAAUCUCCUUGUUCUUUAUUAUCCAUCAAUUCUUGUUCGAAUUCUCCAUUGCAGUUGAUACCCUAGCUCCAAACCAAACCCUAACAGACAACGGGACAACGAUCGUUUCUCGAAGCGGAACCUUCGAGUUGGGUUUCUUCAGUCCGUCGAAUUCCGACAGCCGGUACAUCGGAAUAUGGUUCAAGAAUGUACCGGAACAAACCCUUGUCUGGGUGGCCAACAGAAACUCUGCAAUAACCGAUUCAUUAGGCACCCUCUCCAUCACCCCCUCCGGUAAUAUUAUCAUCUCCAGGGUUAACCAGUCAACCCCUCUCUGGUCUGCUAAUUCACCCUCGAGAUUAACUGUUAAAAAUCCAAUCUUGAAACUUUUAGACAACGGGAACCUCGUUUUGAUGAGCUCUGCCUCGGAUGAUAACAAUUCAGACAGUUAUGUGUGGCAGAGUUUUGACUACCCAUCCGACACAUUAAUCCCCGGCAUGAAACUUGGCUGGAAUCUUAUAACCAAUCAAGAAUGGUAUUUAACAUCAUGGAAAAGUACUGUGGAUCCUUCUCCAGGGGAAUAUACAUACAGAAUGAACCCCACUGGUUUGCCUUCGAUAAUUCUCCGGCGGGGAUCGGUUAUUCAGUUCAGAAGCGGGCCAUGGGAUGGUGUUCGGUUCGGUGGGGCCCCCGUUCUGCAGCAAAACACCGUUUUCAAGCCAAUAUUCGCUUUCGAUUCCAAGAAAGUGUACUAUGCAUUCGAGAACACCGACCAAUCAAUCGUAUCAAGAUUCGUGGUGAACCAAUCAGGGCUAGUGAACCACCUCAUGUGGAGCCCGGCCCGUAGCCAAUGGACCAUCAUAGCUACAAUGCAGGCCGACACGUGCGAUGAGUACUCCAAAUGUGGCAACUUUGGUGUCUGUGACUUUAAUAAAGCGCCAAUUUGUGCUUGUCUGAGAGGCUUUUCGCCUCGGGUGAGGCAGGAUUGGGCGAGGUUUGAUUGGGAAGGUGGGUGCGUUAGGAAUGGCCCGUCAUUGAACUGUAGCGGGCCCACGGGGUUCCGGAAGUUUUCCGGGCUUAAAGUGCCGGAUACGUCGAAUUCUGAGGUGAAUAGUACUGCGAGGAGCUUGGAUGAAUGUGAGGGUGCUUGUUUGAGGAACUGUUCGUGUGUGGCAUAUGCUGUGACUGAAGCCACUGGAUGUGUUCUUUGGUUCGGUGAUUUGGUGGAUAUUAGGGUUUAUGCUGAAGGUGGACAAGAACUUUUUGUUCGGAUGCCGUUGUCUGAACUUGGCUCGAGCAACAAAUCCAAGAAAGCAGCUGUGGUUUCAUCUGUAACCGUGGCUUUGUUUCUAGCGGUGAUGGCUCUGAUCGUGUGGCUGUUCAUCCGUAGAAGGGCCGCCAAGAACAGAGCAGCACUAGUUUCGGCAGAGCAGCAACGUGAUAAUUCGGAUCAAGAAAAUCGUCAAAGCUUCAGAGAUGAAGAAGAUCUGGGAUUACCUCUAUUUGAUUUUCUCACAGUUUCAGCUGCCACCGAUGAAUUUUCGUUUUCGAAUAAAAUUGGGGAAGGUGGGUUUGGUCCAGUCUACAAGGGUGUUUUCUCGAGUGGCAAAGAGAUAGCAGUUAAAAGACUGUCGAAAGAUUCUGGGCAAGGCCUUAAAGAAUUCAAGAAUGAAGUGAUGCUGAUGUCUAAACUGCAGCAUAGAAAUCUCGUUAGGCUGCUCGGGUGUUGCAUUCAAGGAGACGAAAGAAUGUUGAUCUACGAGUAUAUGCCCAACAAGAGCUUGGACUUGUUUAUUUUCAAUCAAACAAAACAUACAUCUCUACACUGGGAGACGCGAUUCGACAUUAUAAUGGGCAUUGCACGUGGGCUUCUAUACCUUCAUCGGGAUUCGAGGUUGAGAAUAAUCCAUAGGGAUUUAAAAGCAAGCAAUAUUCUUCUCGACAGUGAGAUGAACCCUAAAAUAUCGGAUUUUGGUCUGGCGAGAAUAUUUGGUGGAGAUCAAAAUCAAGAAAAUACGAAGAGAGUAAUGGGGACAUAUGGCUAUAUGGCACCUGAAUAUGCAGUGGAUGGACUAUUUUCGGUUAAAUCCGACGUAUUUAGUUUCGGGGUACUGGUUUUGGAAAUACUUAGCGGCAAGAAAAACAGAGGAUUCUAUCAUGUAGACCAUGAUCUCAAUCUUUUAGGACAUGUGAGUGAGUUCGAGACUUUUGCGGUUUUCUUUAGUGAGCUCUCAACAUAUUUCUCGGCAUGGAAACUUUGGAAUGAAGAAAAGCCGAUGGAUUUUCUGGAUGGAUCAACGGUGGAGGUGAAAUCUGCAUCUGCUGAAACGGCGUUACGGUGUAUCCAAAUCGGGCUAUUGUGCGUGCAACAACGGCAUGAAGACAGGCCUACGAUGUCCAACGUUUUGGUGAUGUUAGAAAACGAGCAAUUAGCGCUUGCUCAACCUAAACAACCUGGUUUUUAUACACAACGAACCGUGAUCGACACAGAUUCUUCGUCUACAGGGAAGAAUAUACCUCGUACUUCCAACGAGAUAACUGUGACUUUGCUCCACGGUCGAUAAUUUUUUUUUUAUUGUUAGAAAUCCCUUAAAAAGAGAUAAAUAGUUUUGAUGCAGUCAUUUGAGUACUGAAUUGUUUCAAAAUUAAAUAUAUUUCUUUUUCAAAAUUAACAAUUUAGUACAAGAGUUGUUUGCUUGAGGUUGAGCCAAGGCAGCAAAGCUGAUUGUGACACAAUUGAAUUAGUCAUGUCAUAUACAAUAGUCAGAGCUGGAAAAUAUCUCAUUGGGUCCCCUCUCUAAUCUUCCAUUAAUCCCACUUUUUUUACUUACUCUCGAGGAAACUAAGUACGAUUAAUUCUUAAUUAUGUGUUUAUCGAACCUUUUUAGCCUACAAUAGUUGACUUCAUACGAUUUAUAUCGAUCUCUUCGAUUGUUACACAUCGAGAACUACAUUAGAUAAUUUUACGCACAACUUAAUUCAAUUAU